CUCAUCAGUUCCCUUUCAUCCUUUUAUCUCCAAAUGGAGCUAUCACCAACGUCGACCACCGUCCUCCACCACUACCAUACAAAUCUUUAACCACGGCCGCAAUUAUCCUGAUAUUCUCCAUUUCCGGCAACAAAAUUCGAUUUUCGAACCUAUUUGAGACAGAUCCGACCAGUUUUCACCCUUUUUGAGACGUUGACUAAUGUUGACCCCCGUUGACCGCGAGAUGGAUCAUCCGAACAUCAGGUAUAAUCUGGACCUUCUAGAAGGAAAUGCAGACCUUAGUGAGUUUGCUAGGAUUAUUAAGUCAGUUAGAAAAGUUAGGCGGACUAGGGUUAGAGAUGGCAUGAUGCUUGAAGAUAUCGAUAUCGUAAACGUAGACUUAUUCUCUCAGGACAGAACUAUUCAAUUGAAAACGGCCGUAGUAGAUUUCGACUUAACCGGAUACAUUAAAAUCGACUCCGAAAACAUUUUGUGGGAAUUAAGAUCAGAUGGUGACUUUCAAUCCCUCGCCGGAUCAAAAGCCUUAGGAAUUUCGUUGAAAUCUGUGAAUGACGGUGACGGUGCAUCUAACAGAGACAUUGGAUUUAUGGCCAUGAAUAACGCGUUUAAUACGCUAUGGACUAGUCACCCUAACGAAAAUCGUGAUGACAUAGAAUCCGCCCUACAAACCAUAAGAUUGAUGUUGUUUGAAACUGCUAAGUUUCGCUGGUCGUUUUUUGAGGUUUAUAGGAAUAUAGAGCGCAAAGUGUUGUUGAGGGUACCUGCAUGGAUGAUGAUUUUAGCGAAUAAUUGGGAUAUUAUUUCUGUGGUGGCAAGAUCCCAGUUACCGAUGCAUAAGUUUUUCCCACAAGAUCUGGAUCCUGCAGUAUGUACCAUAGUCGUAACUUUGAUGUUUUCGACCCUAGGAUAACUCCAGGGGCAGUGUAUUUCGCCCCCGUGGACGCGUGGUGCUUUGCAUCCAUCAUAUAGAUAGAUGAGGUAAAGUUGGUGUUCUCAGUUGUGCUCUCAUUUGAGAAGAGUUCCUAAGACGUUAGUUGUAGAUAAUGAAAUUGUAUCUAUCUAGAGUUCAGGAUUGACUAACAUAGUGGCUGGAGUUGCUAUUGGUAUGAGCAGUGAGUAGUCUUGAUCUUAGGUGUAGUUGGGCAUCAUCAGUGGUAGUACAUGAACCAUUAGUAUUAUUUUCAUUGGACAAGUUUUUUGAACUUAGGUGUCUUUGUCUAUUUUUAUCUUUGUUGAAUUAGCCAUUGUAAUUGUAAUUAUGCAUUCUUGACAAGGCUAAUUAUUUAAUGCUCUAGUUAUCUUUGUUCAAUUAGUCAUGUUUUAUGUCGUUACAACUUUACAAGUUGAUAAUGAA